AUGACUGAAAGGGAAAUGAAGGCUAAAGCGAAAGAACCAUUAUCGGAACCGGAAAAGAAGGCUGUUUACGGAUUAGAAUUUCAAAAAAUGCAAGACAAAACCCUACAAUACGUCGUACAUUCGUCAUAUGCUACUGAAAAGGACAUUCUCAAUCUGAAGAAAGGACUACUCAGUGACAUGGAAAUCUUGGAGAUGAGAGACACGAGGCGAAUAUUGAAGCAUGACGAUCUAACUCUUAUACAGUGUAUCAACGAAUUCUUUAUAAGGAAUUUUGUGCAGGAGUUCUUGCUGGUGAUAAAUACAGGCCGAUGGUUAAUACUGCUAGCAGCUCUGUUAUGCAACUUCAUUUUAGCAUUUGUUAGCGUAUCGACCGUAUUUGUUGUCCCAUUGAUUUUCAGCCAGGAAAUGCCGCUCGGGACCAUCUAUUUUGUUCUGAUAUUUCUGACAUUCGGUACGGUCAUUCUUGGAGUACUCUGCGGCACAGUAAUUCCGAACACUGUUGGAGCUAUAAAACUCGCAUUCAUUCUGUGGCUAAUCCUUGUAUAUCUCGCGGUGAAGUCUCCACCUGUACAUUACUCGUAUUGGUUAGUAUGCCUCUAUCAGCUGAAUAUCGUCGCCUCGUUCAAAUACAUCCUUGAAUCAUGUGAACACUUCGAACUACGAGGAAAUCCCCUUUCAUUGUCCAAUAUGUUCACCUAUAGCGACAUUGUUAAUCCGGGCGUAUCUCUGUGCUUUAUGAUAUUAGACAUAAUCCUUUACUUAACGUUUUUGAUAUUGUAUGAUUCGAUGGAAUGGUGUGCAUUAUUCGCGGAUGUCUUUACGAUUGUGAGGAAGAAAAAACUGGAACAACUGAAAAGUCAGUCCGAGAGACACUCAUGGCAUCAAGACGAAGAAGUACGGCCGUUCCCUGCGGACGUUGACGCCGAAGAUCUGUCAAAAGUUUGGGAGACCAGCGGCGAAGUGGCUGUGUACCGUUUCGAAAUCAGAGCCUACCCUGAAGAGGUUUCCGUUCUUCUCGGACACAGUGGCUGCGGAAAAACUACUGUUCUCAAAAUGAUUUGUGGAAUGGUCAGGCCAACAGAAGGUCGUGUCAAAAUAUGCGAUAAAGGCAUCUUCCACAAAACAUCAUUUUGUCGUUCGAAAAUCGGAUAUUGCCCACAAGCGAACAUACUGUAUGACUCAUUCACAGCUAUGGAACAUCUGUGGUUUUUUUAUUCGCUAAAGCGUGCUGGAAAGAAACGGGAUAAGAAAGUAUGGAAAUCAGAGGCUAUCACACUUACGGACAAGCUCGGUAUGGACGACUUCAAAGACAAAAAGGCCGUGUUACUUUCACAAGGGGAAAAACGAAAAUUGUGCGUUUCUAUUGCAUUUAUUGGUGGGAGCCGUGUUGUAUUGUUGGAUGAACCAACCGUUGGUAUGGAUUACACAGCAAAGAAAGCCCUUCAAGAUCUUGUUCAAUCGCAAAAACAAUCGAGAACAAUACUGCUGACCACCCAAAAUAUGGAAGAUGCAGAAUCCAUGGGACACCAGAUGUACGUCAUGUUUAUGGGCAGAACCGUCUGUAGCGGUGAUAUUCAAUUCGUCAAAGGCUCAUUCAUGAAAGAAUAUAUCUUGGAUGUCAGGAUUUCUCAGCAGGAUGCUACAAAGACUAUCCCAAGAAUUGAAGAGGGAAUUAUCUCAAUGGUUGCCGGCUCAAAAGUUCGCUCAAAGCAAGGAAAUCAGUUGAAGAUCGAUUUACCAAAGUUACAGUUACAGUUGUAG